GACCUAAAGUUAGACAGUGAUCCAUCAGGUCUUUUCUUCAUAGCUCAGUCACUAAUGACUGUUCAAGGAAUAUUUGGUCUAAUUCCAAACAUUUAUGGUAAAGGGGAUGCUGCUAAACAAGUUUACGAACUUAUGGUGAGGAUGAGACGAGAAAUGGGUGGAAAUGAACCACAGGUGACCCCCCAGAUAGACCAAUUAAUACUCAUAGAUCGUUCCGUUGACCUUAUUACACCUCUUGCAACUCAACUUACAUAUGAAGGAUUAAUUGAUCAGUUUUAUGGAGUCAACAAUUGUACUGUCAAGCUCCCAGGAGACAGAUUUCCCCAGCCCAAUUCUGAGGAGAACAACAUGGAUGAAAGUGCUUUCCAGGAGGUAAAAACAGUUCAGCUCUCUUCCUCUGAAGCCUUGUUUGCAGAGAUCAGGGACUGCAAUUUUUCAGCUGUUGGUCCUAGGUUAUCAAGGCAUGCCAAAUCAGUUGUUGCUCAAUAUGAAGAACGUCAUGCAGCAAAAACAGUUGGUGAACUGAAACAGUUUGUUCAGAAAAUUCCUCAGAUGGAAGUAUAUAAACAAUCUGUUGCAUUACACACAACCAUUGCUGAGCUUAUUCAAGAACAAAUUGCUGCUGGGAAUUUCCGACCAGCAUUGCAGAUGGAGCAGGAGUUUCUAAAGGGCUUAGAUACUGAUAAAGUAAAUCCAUUUAUAGAAGACUGCAUUGCUCAGAAAGAACCUUUAUAUAUGGUGCUUCUGUCCAGGGUCAAGGAGGACAGGAUAGUGGCAGAUGAAGUCCCUCCUUCAAAUCAACAAUUUACAACUGCUGACAGUCUGGAUGGCUGUAAAGGAGCUGGAGGUACUAAACAAGACUACAUCAGUGUUCUUGACUAA